AUGGAGGAGGAGACGUACCUCGAGUUCUACCUGGACCCCUGUGCCGCCCAGGAUGACCUUGCCCCGCCCGUAUCUCCUCUAUUCAACUCAGCCAUACCUUAUGACGUGUAUGGAGUCGAUCCACCCAAUCCAGGACAUGAAUUUAAUUCACAUCUUAGAGAAAACAAAGAACCAUCUGGUGAUUUCUCAUCUGUGGAUCUUAGCUUCCUACCAGAUGAAUUCACCCAAGAAAAUAAAGACCAGACUAUCAUUAAAAACAAACGUGAAGUUGAAGAAAAUUGCAAAACUCCAAGUCCACAAAAUGGGUUGCCAUUACCCAGUGACGAGGGUGCUGGGCCAGGCUUAAGUAGCAGUAGUCCACCAAGUGAUGCUGACCAGCUCCAACCCUCUCCUGAGAAACGAAACUCGGAUGCCUCCCCUCUGGCCUCCAUAGCUCCCAUGGAACCAAUGAACCCUGUUUCAGAAAGUUCUGGAAUUGUACCUCAACUACAGAACAUAGUUUCCACUGUAAAUCUGGCUUGUAAACUGGAUCUGAAGAAAAUAGCUUUGCAUGCCAAAAAUGCAGAAUAUAACCCAAAGAGGUUUGCUGCUGUCAUAAUGAGGAUCCGAGAACCCAGGACAACAGCCCUUGUAUUUAGUUCUGGGAAAAUGGUCUGCACUGGAGCCAGAAGUGAAGAGCAGUCUCGACUUGCCGCAAGAAAGUAUGCUCGUGUGGUACAGAAGCUUGGGUUCCCUGCCAGGUUCCUGGACUUCAAAAUUCAGAACAUGGUUGGAAGCUGUGACGUGAGAUUUCCCAUCAGGCUGGAGGGUUUAGUUCUGACCCAUCGGCAGUUCAGCAGUUAUGAACCUGAACUGUUUCCUGGCCUUAUUUAUAGAAUGGUAAAGCCACGAAUUGUGUUGCUUAUCUUUGUAUCUGGGAAAGUUGUGUUGACAGGUGCCAAAGAACGUUCUGAGAUCUAUGAAGCAUUUGAAAACAUCUACCCUAUUCUAAAAGGCUUUAAAAAGGCCUGAGCAAGCCAGGCACUAGCGGCUCACGCCUCUAAUCCUAACUACUCAGGUCUGAGGAUUGCAGUUCAAAGCCAGCCAGGAGAAGGAAGUCUGUGAGACUCUUAUCUACAAUUAGCCGCCAGAAAACAGAAAGUGGA